AUGCUGAAGUUCGUUAUCCUGUUGUCUGCAGUUGCCUGCGCCCUGGGAGGCACCGUCCCCGAGGGACUCCUGCCCCAGCUGGAUGGACGUAUUGUCGGCGGUACUGCUACCACCAUCAGCAGCGUCCCCUGGCAAAUCUCCCUGCAGCGCAACGGUGGCCACUCCUGCGGUGGAUCCAUCUACUCCACCAAGGUCGUCGUGACCGCCGCUCACUGCCUGCAGUCCGUUUCUGCUUCCGUUCUGCAGGUCCGUGCUGGAUCCACCUACUGGAACUCUGGUGGCGUCGUGUCCCGUGUUGCCGCCUUCAGGAACCACGAGGGCUACAAUCCCAACACCAUGGUCAACGAUAUUGCCGUCAUCAGUUUGAGCAGCCCCCUGGAAUUCGGAUCUACGAUCAAGGCCAUCAGUCUGGCUAGCUCUAACCCCGAAAACGGGGCUGCUGCCUCUGUCUCCGGCUGGGGCACUCUGUACUACGGAUCCAGCACCCUUCCCUCCCAGCUGCAGUUGGUGGAGCUGAACAUCGUCAGCCAGAAGAAUUGUGCAUCCUCCGCCUACGGUUACGGUAACUCAGUCACUGAUUCUAUGAUCUGCGCUUAUUCCGCCGACAAGGAUGCCUGCCAGGGUGACUCCGGUGGCCCACUGGUCUCCGGUGGAGUCCUUGUGGGUGUUGUCUCCUGGGGAUACGGCUGCGCUUACCCCAACUACCCCGGAGUCUACGCCGAUGUUGCUGAUCUCCACUCCUGGGUGGAGAGCGCUGCUGACAGCUUCUAA